AUGUUGACUUAUACUUUUCUUUCCAUAUUCUCUUAUAUCUGCCCAUCAGUUGCAGCUGGACAUCAAUUGUUUUCUAAACAACAAAAAAUAGCUAACAUACAGUGUGGAAGGCCUCCCAAAUAUGUUGGUGAGCCAGUGGUGCUCUAUCAUCCAAUAUUUAGUGACUUCUUGCAAGAUUGUGAAAAGGAUGAUUAUGUUGACAAAACUCUUUGUGUAGAAACACUUAAGUUCCUUAACACAAUGUCUAAAUUCUACAAGAUAGAGCUUAUCAGGCAAUCAGCUAUUGCAGAUUUUUAUCAUUUUCUUUUUGGCAAAACCUUCAAUGAUGGUUCUCCUAAAAAUGAUGGCUACAUAAUGGGAACAAGUGUAAUUAAUGGAAUAAGUUUGGAAAUUCCUGUUAUUCUAAGAGACAUAAAAAAUGAAAUCUCACAAGGGAGUUGUGAUCCUGUUCUACAGUCAGCUAUUUGUUAUGAGAAAUUUUGGUGCGGGAACUGGAGUGGUAAACCUGAAGGAUACAAUCAAAUCAGAGAAAUGUCAGUUUGUCCUACCUUUCUGUUGUGUUCUGCUGGUAUUGUUUUGGCAGAUAAAAUUAAAGUUGAGACACUUACAGAUAUGCUCUAUCUUGUUCCUACAUUGGAUUCUAAUAAGCUUCUUCAUUUUGCCCACACAUUUUCUUCUCUUCGUCAUGCUUGUAAAAACUCAUACAAUACUAUCAUAAUUUGCGAGUAG